AUGAUGCAGAGACUGAAUCACAGGGCGUGUAAGCCGAACUUGGGUGCAUUUUGUCAACCCCGUGGUCAGAAUGCCCUCGCCAAAAUAGCUUGGGCCCGUUCUAUCUACCUUGACCACCGAGUCCGCUUGCAAAAUGCAUACGACCCGGCUGGUGGUGUGACUGAUAAAGACCGGAAGGUGAUGGAGGAUGCUCAUGAAAAACUCGUCCGUGCCGGCUACCUACGCCAGACGAACUCUGGGAUUUUCCAUUUGAUGCCCCUAGGAUACCGGGUCCAAGAUAAGAUCAUGAAGCUCAUCGAGAGGCACAUGCAGAGCAUAGGCGCUUCAAGAUUGGCGCUUGCCACAUUAUCUUCACCAGGCACAUGGGCAAAGUCAGGACGGUUCGAAAAGGCAAUGACUGAGCUGUUUUUGAUGACCGAUCGUAAAGGCAAAGGUUUGCUACUAUCUCCGACACACGAAGAAGAGAUCACCACGCUGGUAAAGCAAACUCUCGGCUCAUAUAAGCAACUUCCAGCAAGACUUUACCAGAUCACUCCGAAAUUCCGUGACGAGAUGCGGCCUCGCAAGGGACUUUUGCGCGGUCGUGAGUUCAUGAUGAAGGACUUAUACACAUUCGACGUCUCUGUCAACACUGCCCUCCAAACAUACGAACAAGUUCGUGCCGCAUACGACAGAAUAUUCUCUGAGCUGCGUUUGCCUGUCAUGGUUGCUGAGGCCAGUUCAGGAGAUAUUGGAGGUGACCUCAGCCAUGAGUACCAUCUGCCUACGUCCGAAGGAGAAGACGAUGUCAUUUCUUGUUCUGGGUGCAACUAUAUGGCGAAUACAGAAGUCGCCGUGAGCAAAUUGAAGCCUCACAAUAAUAUGGACUCGGGUGCCGAGAAGCCUAAUGAGGAUGUCAGCGUGUGGCGGGCCAUCACCAGGGACAAGAUGACCCUGGUAAAUGUUUGGUAUUCAGAAAGCUCCGACAUCAGACUCACCGCGUGUGGUCGUCCAACCGGUGAGAAGUGGGCAGAAGUCGUCAACUUUCACGCGGUCAAGCGGAUCGUGCCCGACUUGGACGCUAAUGUUGAGAACGUUGAGGUUGCUUGGUGGAACUCGGUCCUCGCAAACGGCAGUAAAAGUGGGAGCGGGGACAAAGCAGACGAUAACAAGCCACUCAAGGUAAUCAACCUGGUUGAUGGUAGACUGUUGCUGCACGAGGACAAGCAAAAAUUGCAGGAUGCAAUGGAGCUGUCGACACUGCCUUUUGCCAAAGAGGCGUACGCCAAGUUUGACAUGCCCCAGGUGACUACUAUUGCUGAGAGCAAUGAUGGCGAAACACUAAAUCUCAUCAAGAUUCGAGAUGGUGACGCUUGCCCCAAGUGCGACUCGGGUACUCUCUCUGUGCGCAAGGCAACUGAGCUGGGACAUACCUUUCAUCUGGGUGACAGGUAUUCGGAACCCAUGGCGCUCACUGUCAAGCUUCCAAACACUUCUCAGAUUGAGAGUGACAGCAACAGCGUCUCGGACGAUGAGGGACUAAUGUACAGCUUUUCUUCCAAGAAACAAGGCGAGGUCAAUGUUCAAAUGGGCUGCCAUGGUAUCGGUGUAUCGAGGAUCAUAGCCGCAGUGGCAGAACAUUUUGGCGACUCUCAAGGUCUCAACUGGCCAAGGGCUAUAGCACCGUAUGAGGUUGUCAUUGUCACGAGAAACCAGACUGCAUUGGCAGAUGCCGAGAGCAUAUAUGAUCUCCUGAGCGAAGGGGGCGCGGCUGCUAUACCAGCGUUUCCUAAGCUAGAUCUCGUUCUGGACGACCGCGACAAGUCGUUGCCUUGGAAGCUGAAGGACGCAGAUCUUGUAGGCUAUCCCGUUGUUGUUGUUCUCGGGAAAGCCUGGGCCGAUUCAAAACAGUGUGAGGUCCAAUGCCGACAGCUCAGUUUCAAAGAGUUGGUUGCCUUGGAUGACCUGCCCAGUGUUGUAGGCAAACUCCUUGGUCAGCUUUGAGGAGCGUGCUGGAGAUGGAUAUUGCCUGGCUUUGGCUGGCUGUAAAUGCUAUCUAUGUAUUAGUAUAAUCAGUCGUGGAGAUAAAAAAAAAACAUGUAGUGUG